AUGGAUCUUUCGCUUUUUGACCAAACAAGUACCAAAGAUUCAGGCUUUUCCGAAGAUUCCCUAGAAAGCAUCAGUGAAAAGUUACUAGAUGACGAGCCUACUAUAUGCUUUGUAGAAGCAUUUGAAGCUACACCAACCAAAACAGGCAACAGAAAACGUUUAUUUUGCAGCCCCAUCGUAGAAAGUCCUUCAUUGGUAGUGGCCAAUUCAUUGAAAAGACUCAAACUAACUCCAAGAAAUAAUAGAAUUGAUCAAGAUGUUCAAAGAGGAUUGAUCAAGGACGCUGUGGAGAAAUCUUCAGAAGAAGGCAACUUGGUUGGUGAUUUUUCUAAAGAAUAUGCCUUGCCUUUGAUGGAAGUUACCCAAUCUGAGCUGAAAAUGAUUUCUGGGGAGACAAUGAAGAACCUUUUAGAUGGGAAAUACAAGGAUUUAAUUCAAUCAUUUCAGAUAAUUGACAGUAGAUAUCCAUACGAAUACGAAGGUGGCCAUAUCCGCGGAGCAAUAAACAUCUACACCCAAGAAUCUUGCCUAAAACUACUAGACAAUUCUCCACAUCCAAAAGACACAAGACACAUCUUAAUAUUCCAUUGCGAAUUCUCGCAAGAAAGAGGCCCCAGCAUGAAUAGAACUUUGAGAAAAGAAGACCGCACUAGAAACGCUAUGAAUUACCCAAAAUUGAAUUAUCCAGAAAUCUACGUUUUGGAAGGCGGUUACAAAAAGUUUUUCCAUGAUUUUCCUGAUUAUUGCGAGCCGAACACUUAUAGGCCGAUGUUGCAUCCUGAAAAUUUGGACGAUUUGAAAUUUUUUAGGAGGAAGAGUAAGAUUGAAAAUGGAACAAUGGGAACUAGCAAGAAAUGUUUCAAAGGGGAGGCGAAAAAUUCUAGAGUUGUAGGUACUUUACAAACAAGUACCCACCCAGUGAUGUGCAGCAAAUGA